AUGCUGCCCAAAGUCGAGACUGAAUCCCUUGGAUUCUCUCGAUCAUAUGGGGAACAGGGGCACAUGCCAAGGAACAUGCAAGCGCCCCAGUUAAAAAUGAUGGACUACUCUUAUGACGAAGACCUGGACGAGAUGUGUCCCGUAUGUGGAGACAAGGUUUCUGGGUAUCACUACGGACUCCUGACCUGUGAGAGCUGCAAGGGCUUCUUCAAGCGCACCGUCCAGAACAACAAGCGCUACACAUGUAUAGAGAACCAGAGCUGCCAGAUUGACAAGACCCAGAGGAAGCGUUGCCCAUACUGCCGCUUCCAGAAGUGCCUCACAGUCGGCAUGAAGCUAGAAGCUGUGAGAGCAGAUCGCAUGCGUGGUGGUCGCAACAAGUUCGGCCCAAUGUACAAACGUGAUCGGGCCCUCAAGCAGCAAAAGAAAGCACUGAUCCGAGCUAAUGGCCUGAAGAUCGAGGCCAUGAGCCAGGUGAUGCAGGCCGUGCCUACCGACCUCACCAUCUCCUCUGCCAUCCAGAACAUCCACUCAGCUGCAUCGAAGGGCCUUCCGUUGAGCCACCACUCCAGCCACCACAGCGGUCACCACCACCACCAUCAUCAUGCCACUGCCCUGCCCCCCACAGACUAUGACCGCAGCCCAUUUGUCACUUCACCGGUCAGCAUGGCAAUGCCACCGCACGCUGGCAGCCUGCAGGGCUAUCAGGCAGCCUACGGACACUUUCAGGGCACACGCACCAUUAAGUCUGAAUACCCAGACCCGUACACCAGCUCACCAGAGUCCAUCAUGGGCUACGCUUAUGUAGACGCCUACCAGUCAGGUUCACCGCCCAGCUUCCCCCACCUGAUUGUAGAGCUACUUAAGUGUGAGCCAGAUGAGCCGCAGGUUCAGACCAAGAUCCUGGCCUACCUGCAGCAGGAGCAGGCCAGCCGUGGUAAACACGAGAAGCUCAACACCUUCGGCCUCAUGUGCAAAAUGGCUGAUCAGACACUCUUCUCCAUUGUGGAGUGGGCACGCAGCAGCAUCUUCUUCCGUGAACUAAAGGUGGACGACCAGAUGAAGCUGCUGCAGAACUGCUGGAGUGAACUCCUCAUCCUCGACCACGUCUUCCGGCAGGUGGUGCACGCCAAAGAGGGCUCCAUCCUAUUGGUCACUGGCCAGCAGGUGGACUACGCAGUGAUUGCUUCACAGGCAGGAGCCACCCUCAACAACCUGCUGAGCCACGCCCAGGAGCUGGUGACCAAACUACGCUCCCUGCAGCUGGACCAACGAGAGUUCGUCUGCCUCAAGUUCCUCGUACUCUUCAGCCUGGAUGUGAAGAACCUGGAGAAUUUUCACCUGGUAGAAAGUGUCCAGGAACAGGUCAACGCAGCGCUGCUGGACUAUGUUAUGUGUAACUACCCGCAGCAAACUGACAAGUUCGGCCAGCUGCUCCUGCGGCUGCCUGAGAUCCGAGCCAUCAGCCUGCAGGCCGAAGAAUAUCUUUACUACAAACACCUGAAUGGCGACGUACCCUGCAACAACCUGCUCAUUGAAAUGCUACAUGCAAAGAGAGCUUAGAAAGGGACUGCCCUACCUAUAAUGCAUCUGCAUGGAGAGUUUUGCUGCAGCCCAAACACUGUGAGACGACCUGGAGAAUGGGGAGCAGAAAUCGUUAGCAGCUGUAGUUUAUAAUGAACUUCUUUUGAUUUUUGAAUUACAACUUGAAGAACAGACUAGGACAACACAUGCACAGAGACUGAUCAUGUGCAGAUAAACAGCAUAUGGAUCUCUUUAUUCUUAAAAAAAAGAGCCAGCUCUCCUCAACCACAAAGAAAAACACAAUACUGAAAGGAAAAAAGAAAAAAGCUUGAAACAAACUCUGCAUUUGACAUUACAAGAUGUUAUUUAUCAUCUGCACGAGCACAAUGUCAAGACUAGCAGGCUGCAACUUAAAGAAUUAACAACCCUUGAGUGUUUUAGCACUGGUGACACUGUGAGAGGCUUUUUGUGCUGAGAAAGGAAGCUGAGCAGCACCGCCCAUCUUUCAGGCAACUUUGUGACUAGACCGGUGACUGAUUUUGAUCAACAAUCCUCCGGCGUGCUCUCUCACUGAAACUGGCUUUUAGUUGUUGCUGGUACUACAAAGACAACUGGACAGGCCCUUCAGCCGGGCCAGAGACUCUUAACUACCAUCAUGUCUGUUUUUUAAACUCAAACGAGAUGCUUGCCAUGGCAGCUUGACCCCACUGAAAAGGGAGAACUGGUCUAGAAUAAAGGUCUAAAACAGGAACAUUGAUGAACAAAAUGAUAAAGAAAAAUAUUAUGUUUUUUUUCUCUUGUAGUGGAAGUCAUAUGCUUCUCAUGGUCACCUUGUGGUUUCCCUUUCUUAUUCCAUCUCCCCAAGGCAUCUAAAACUAUGUACCUCAGAAAGACCAGUGUUAAAUUCAUUUAAUGUCAGCUGAAACAACUGUAUUUAUAGCCAUUUUUUCCUGCAAAACUCCCCCCCCCUCAUUAUCUCAUUCAAAAUGGAUCAAAACAAAACAAAGUGUGAUUCUGAAGAUGGAAAAUGACUGAUCCUGUCCAGAAAGACCAAAGCUUGCUGUGGAACAGAAGAAGGAAAUUAGAAAAACCUUAAUAAUCAGUAUUAUAAGGAAAAAAAAAGAAAAAGAAAAAAAAAGAUUUGUGUCACAGUUAUGAGUCUGGCUUUAUUUCAUUACCAUGCUAGCUAACCGUGCAGAUGUGAAAGAAAAUAUGUACAAAUAUAUAUAUAAAGUAUUAAUGUUGUAAAAAAUUUUAAAAAAGAGUAAUUCAACAGGUGUUUACAUUCAUGUGAUCACAUGGGAGAGAACUGUGAUGAAGCAUAAAUUGCAAAGCAAUGAUUUCCUAAAAAAUGAAAUCAACUAAAUGAAAAAAAAAAUCUGUCUAGUUUGCUUUCUUUGAUGUGUGUACAGUGUUUUAUCUUUUAUUUGUACUGAGCAGUACUUAAAUUAUGUCGUGAGACACUAAAAUCAAAAAGGAAUCACACUUAAAAUGUUAAUUUCUAUGUGUGUCUGCUGGCAUUCAAACAUUAGUUUCUUAAGCAUUGCUGUAUAAGAGUUCUGCUUCACUUUCAACCUUUUUGUAGACGUUUUCAUUUUUCCUUUUUUUUUUUUUUACAGUGCUUUUGCCUUUCUUAUGUACAGUAUGUCACUGGCUACGCUUAAUAAUGAAGAUAAUUUAUUGCAUCUCUGGGUUUCCAUUUUGUGUUACAUGACGUGAGGUGUCCAUGCCAGAAUAAAUUUGUUUACUGUAGAAUGUUCUUGUUUUGUUUUCACAAGUAGUUCUGAGAUGCAGAUCUGGAACAAAAAUAAUGGGUUUUCAAAAAAAA